CUUUGUUCGAUCAACGGAAAAGCAUCCAUUCAAUUCCAUACCAUGUGAUUGAUGUCUCGGCACUUCCUUUUCCAAAGGGUAGAGGAGAAGGACCACGAUGCUCGCUCUGUCACUGUCGCUGCCUCACUGUUCCCUUCCCCCACCCGUCCAUAACUGAGUGGCCACCUUCGCACUGUGCCACUACAAGCACGCAUAACCACUUUGGCGGCCUAAAUGCUUCACUCAUAAUAACGCUCCUACUAAUCCAGUCCAGUGGAUCUCCUCAGCUCGGUUGAUAAGUGUCGCAGGCCCUCGUGCUUCUCCGUUUCGUUCGUUCCCGGGCGAGGCCGACGACGAAGCUGCGUCGUCCCCACGCUGCAGCUGCUCCCAUGUGAUGUGCUGCUAAGCUGAGCGGAGCGGAGCUCGUCUCACUCCGGACUGACAGCACGGCACCGGUGGAUUGGAUCUGUCCUUCCAAGAUCGAUGGACCGGUCCUGCUACUUCCCGCUGCGGUGGGAGAGCACCGGCGACCAGUGGUGGUACGCCUCGCCCAUCGACUGCGCGGCGGCCGAUGGCCACUACGACAUCGUCCGCCAGCUGCUGCACCUUGACCCCAACCUGCUCAUCAAGCUCACCUCGCUCCGCCGGAUCCGCCGUCUCGAGGCGCUCUGGGACGACGACGCCCGCUUCGUGCACGCGCCCCGCCACCGCGCCUCCGUCGCCCGGGGCCUGCUGCUGGAGUGCGAGUGCAAGCACGGCGCCGAGAACACGCUGCUCCGGGCCGGCUACGGCGGCUGGCUGCUCUACACGGCGGCCUCGGCGGGGGACGCGGGCUUCGUGCAGGAGCUGCUGGACAGGGACCCGCUGCUCGUCUUCGGCGAGGGCGAGUACGGCGUCACGGACAUGUUCUACGCGGCGGCGAGGGGCGGCAACGCCGACCUGUUCAGGAUGCUGCUGGACCACGCCAUGUCCCCGAGGUGCUCGACGUAUGGUCGCGACGGGGAUAGCACUGGCGCCGGCGCCGGUGACCGCGCCUCGGUGUUCCGGCUGGAGAUGAUGAGCAGGGCUGUACACGCUGCCGCGAGAGGAGGGAGCGUGCGGAUGCUGAAGGAGCUCAUCGACGGUCGCUCCGACGUGUCGGCGUAUCUUGAUAUCCGUGGAUCCACCGUGCUUCAUGCAGCUGCUGGGAGAGGGCAGCUCGAGGUUGUCACGUACCUGAUGGCCUCUUUCGACAUGAUCAACUCAACCGACAACCAAGGGAACACUGCACUACAUGUAGCGGCCUACCGAGGGCAUCUGCCCGUUGUAAACGCACUGGUUGCUGCAUCUCCAUCAGCCAUAUCAGCUGUCAACAAUGCAGGUGAUACGUUCCUCCACUCGGCGAUCGCAGGGUUCAGAACCCCGGGGUUCCGUCGGCUCGACCGGCAGCUGGAGCUCACCAAGCAUCUCAUUCGAGAGAGAGCCGCAGACAUCCGGAAGAUCAUCAACCUGAGAAACGACGCGGGCCUUACCGCCCUGCACAUGGCUGUGAUUGGCUGCGUGCAUCCGGACCUCGUCGAGCUCCUGAUGACCACGCCGUCCAUCGACCUUAAUGUCGAAGACGCUGACGGCACGACCCCGCUGGCGCUGCUCAAGGAGCAGCUGCGAUCAACCACGUCGGAGAGGCUCAUCAAGCAGAUAGUCUCCGCCGGAGGGGUGCUGAGCUCGAGCGUGCUGAGAAGCCGGUCGGCCGUCGUUUCGCAGAUAAAGAUGCGGGGAGGGAUCGCGAUCAGUCCGGGCACCAUGUUCAAGAUAUCGGAUGCGGAGAUAUUGUUGCACUCGGGCAUUGCGGCGACGGAGUCCCGAAGGGCUAGCUCGUGCUCUAGCGAUGGCAAGUGUGACCCUGUACAUGCGGAUGCAAACGGCGAAGGUGACGAGAACCAUGGAUCGUCGGAGAAGAGGCUCAGCUCUGCCGGCCGAGCCAAGGACCGUCUCAAGAUGAUGCUGCGCUGGCCUCGCCACAGGGAGAAGAUGUCCAGGACGCCGAGGAAAUCCGAGGACGGCGGCCCGCUGGACACCAUCAAGAAGCUGAACAGUCAUGUCGCCGACACCCCGACUCCGCUCAGGCAGGCCUUCACCAAGACGACGGCGCUCAACAACAAGCGCACGCUCGCCGUCAAAAGCUCCGCCCCCAGCUCGGCCAGCAAGAAGAAGCUCAUCCACGGCAUCAUGGAGGCCAUGCCGCACCUCGCGGCGCCAUCGGCAUCAACCCAGUCCCCGCCGAGCACGCUCCCGAGGUCCUCCAUGUCCUCCGCGCCGACGUCCACCAAGCUCAAGGACAUCUGCUUCGAAGAAGAGGAGAGCACGACGGUGACGCCGCCGUUCGGCAAGCUCAAGGACAUCAUCCUGGACAACGACGACGGCGCGGACGACCCGUCGUGCUCGAACUCGUCCUUCGCCGACGAGGGGGUCGUCGGCGUGGCCGCCCGGAGGAACCACGGGUGCGGGAACGGGAGGCUCAUCAACAUCUGCUUCGGCGCGCAGGGGCUCACGGUGGAAGACUCUGCCAGCGGGCAGCCGACGAGCAAGAUGUUCAAGCAGCAGUGCCUCCGGGUGUCCUGACCUGGCCUGCCUUCGGCUUUGCGGUUCAACGAUGUGUGUGUGUGUGUGUUUUGAACUCCCCCGGUUUGGUUUGGUUUGGUUUGGUUUGGUUUGGCGUGCUGCUCCGCGUACAAGGAGAAAAUUUUUUAUUUGACACUAUUUUAAAAUCUGCUUCCUUAUUUGACACUGAAAAAAAUUUAUCUUCCUUAUUUGACACAACUUUUAAAUGUUAUUUCCUAUAUGACAUUUUCGUCCAUUUUGACCCUAAAUGACACCUGAAAAGACUCUUUUGCCCUUCAUGUGGUAUGUGUAUGUGGGGCAAUAGCGCACACACGCAACAUCAGUGCGAGGGCAGGAGCACACACACAGCAACACAUACACAUGCACCAACACACACGCAUGCGCACACACACGCAACAACACGCAGCAACACACAUGCACACACACGCAGGCAGCACACACACAUACAUACACGCAGCAGCAGCAGCACACACAAGCAGCACAUAGGCACACAACAGCACACACACACGCGCGCGCACGUACAAACGCAGUACCAAACACACACGCAGCAGCACACAUGCACACACACAUACAGCAGCAGCACACAUGUGCGCGUGCACCCACACACGCAACAGCACACGCGUGCGCACACACAUACCGCAUUAGGGGUAAAAUCGUCUUUUCGGGUAUCAUUUAGGCUUAAAAUGGACGAAAGUGUCGUAUAGGGAAUAAAAUUUAAGACUAGUGUCAAAUAGGAAAGAAAAAUAUUUCCAGUAUCAAAUAAGGAACCAGAUUUUAAGACAGUGUCAAAUAAAGAAUUUUCUCGCGUACAAGAGCGAGGUGUGAUUGAUUUGCUAAGAUAAUUUCCGUGUAUCUAUCA